CGACCACUUUGGGUUGAGCCCGGACGGCGGCGCACAAUGGCGCCAGUGAUCGCCUUGUUUGCAGCGCUUGUACAGGAAUCGCCAAAAUCAGCGUGUGGCCCCGUCAGCAGCUCCGAGAGCCGCAACUGCACCCAGCGGUGCCCGUCUGAGCUCUCCACUCUCUGCGACGCACACAAGGACGUCCCGGCGGCGCUACUCGGCUUUGAGGAGGACAGCCUGUGGAUCCCGCGUCUGGAUGAGUUCAACUCGUGCACUGGGUCCCGAAUAACCCUCACCUACACCCUUCUGGGAGAGGACGGCAUGGCAGAUGCGCUUGAGGCCGACUGUGGCACCGUCGCCCCGACGCCGUCAGAGGGCGCUGGCAUCUACGACGGCUAUGUGGUGCAAGCCCCGUGGGUUCCCAAUGUGGAGCCGUUGCUUGAGAAUCUGUCUCCGCGCAUCGCCGCGACGCCAGAAAUCGACUGGCUCGACAUCAACCCCACCAGCCGCUCGAUUGUCUCCUUCAGCAAUACGGUUCGCGCGCUGCCGCUCGACGUCGACUUCAUCGCGAUCGGGUGGCGCGAGGACGUCUUUCGGCAGUGGCAGCCUGAGCUCGAGGCGAUGGGCCUCUGGCCAGGCCCGCCAGAGACGCUAGAGGAGCUGGUCGCCGUCUCCGAGUUUCUCAAGGGCAAGGACCACAACGGCGACGGCAUCGGCGACUGGGGCUUUUGCCUCACGCCGCAGCCAAACUACUUCACGGCCUUUCUGGCGCCGCUGAUGAUGAGAAACGAGCAGGCGUGUGCAUCCGGGGACUGCAGCGGGGACCGGACCGGCCAGAACCUCUUCUUCGACGUGCAGAGCUUCGAGACGACGGUCGGCAACGCCGCCUACAUGCAGGCGCUCCAACUCUUCCACCGCGUCCUGCGCGCCUCAAACUGCCCCGACCAGGCCGAGUCGGCGGACUGGGUGCCGCAAGCCCUGCGCGGCGACCCCCUGUUUUCCGGCGCCGGCAACAGCAAGUGCGACCGCAAGUCCGCCUUCGCGUCCGGCCGGUGCGCGGGCGUCAUCUCGAUGCCGGGCACGCUGACAAAGAUGCUGACGGGCAAGUACACGCCGGUGACGCCGCAGUACCACGUCAACGCCUCGAGCGGCGAGAACACGACGUGGGCCCUGCCGGGGCAUGACGCGGCGGACGGGUACUACUGGGGCCGCCGCGCCUUCUUCCCGGGCUCGGAGAAGGUGCUCGACCCUGCGACGGGAGGGCUGGUCGAGUGCACGCCCGACCUCUGCCCCAAGGCCGUCCGUCACAGCCGGACGGGCAAGCUGGUCGACCGAGUCCUCCUCUGCCUCUCGGAGCCUUCGAGGACCCUUCCAGGAACCCUCUCAUAGGCAAGCUGGUCAACCGAGCAACCUUCUUCUCUGAGGGGGGGGAGGCGUACGCGCUGCGCGCCUCCUCGCCCGAAGGC